GAUGUUUAAUAAUAUUUUUGUAGAAAAAACUGUAUUAAUUAUAAAGCCGGAAGCUGUAGCUAAAGAGUCAGAAAUUUCUAACGCUUUACUGAAAUUUGGCUUUAAUAUAAUAAAUCGUAGGAAAGUGCAUUUAACACCGGAAGUAGCAUCAGAUUUUUACCGGGAAUUUAUCGAAGAAACUUUAUUUUUUAAUUUAAUUGAAGCCAUUACAUGCGGUCCAUGCGUAAUCUAUUGUUUAGCUCGCAAAAGCGCUGUUCAUUUCCUGAAACAGCUGGUUGGACCAGCAGACGUUGUUAUGGCUAAACGAACAAAUCCUGAUUGUUUAAGAGCAAUUUACGGUUUGGAUAGAUUACGCAACGGUUUGCACGCGAGUUCUAAUAGAGAAUCUUCCGAUCGAGAAUUAAGAUUCUUCUUCUCAAGUAAUUUAAUUAUAGAACCUUUGAUGAAUAAGCUGGAAACGGAAGAUUACUUAGAGUGA